AUGCCCUCCUUCUCAUCGAUUUCACUGUCCGCUUCUCUCUUAACCGCAGGAUACCUCGCCUUCCGCGGCCUCACACCCCCAAACCUUCCUUCCAGCUCCAAAGGUAAUGGGCCGCCAGACCGCGUUCGUCUGAUUGCCGGCCCGAUCACCACCGUCACACUACAUCUCAAUACGGCCUGCAUCAUCUACCACGCUCUUCUCGCGCUGUUCUAUAUAGAUAGCAGUAACAACAAUGCUAAGGAGCUGACCUAUUCUGGCGAUGGAGUGUACCUCCAAGCAAUCUGUCCCCACCGGACCAGCCUCGCGCCGCAUCUCUUCACCUGGACUAUCACAUCCACACUCUGCCUCGUUUCCAUCAUCGUGGGCGCUUUGCUUCGGCUCUCUGCAUUCAAUUUUCUAGGUCGGAACUUUACCUUCCAGCUGGCGCAACCAAAUACCCUAGUAACUGGGGGGUUGUACCGAUUGGUACAGCAUCCCAGUUACACAGGACUGUGGUUCCUCGCAGCAGGAUACCUAGGAUUGGUGAUGCGGUGGGACGGUGCAGUAGCCUGUGCUAUGGAUGAUGCGGUGCUUGAGCGACUAUCCGGAUGGGGAGGAUGGGUAGUGGGUGUGAUAGUUACAGGGUUGAUCUAUUCAACGGUGAUGCGUGUGCGAGAUGAGGAGGGGAUGUUGCGGGACCAGUUCGGGCGGGAUUGGGAGGAAUGGCAUAUCUCAGCUCUCCUCUUCCCUUCUCUACCUUCAUCCCACUCACCCCCUCUCCCCAACAACCAUUCAAUUGCAGCUCCCAACUACACCAUGGGUAUCCUCAAACGUGUCGCCAAGAUAACCACCAUUGGCGCUGGCGUCGGCACAGCGUUCUUCUUCGCAGCCGUCCGUCACAACACCUUCGUGCCGAUGCCCACAAGCGACCCUCUCUUCCAGCACCCUCUGUACCAGAAACUCAAUCCCAACAACAACCCCACAACCCAUGACCUCUGCGUGCGUCGCGUACCGCUCAAGGACAUUAAGCCCGCCUUGCUGGAAAAGCCAGGCCGACUGACCGAGGCGUUUUGCGCCGGAGUGUGGAGUGGAUUCGGAUACGCCUAUCAACGCCGCUACCUCUCCAAGAAAUACGAAGGCCCCGAAACCGCUUCUCACCUCUGGACGCGCGCGGACCUACGCGCCGCGACAUACGACGUGGGCACGCUGAUCACAGAUCACUUCGAGGUGGUAGAAAAGACGCCGGAGCGGAUUGUCGUGCGGUGCGGAGAUUCGCCCCGCAAGAAGGACGUGCGGGAAUCGGAUGGACUGUUUGAAAUUUCGACGGAGGUCAAGCCCCAAGAGGGAGUUGCGGAGUUCCGGCUCAAGAGUCUGUUCUUCCAAGGCAAGGGGAAGGCGGAGAGUGAGCCGAUGCCCUCGCAUGUGGUUUGGUUGCAUCAGCAGUAUACGAAAUUGUGGUUGGAAACGGCGUUGGGAAAUAUUUGGCGGUGA